AUGGGAGAUAUCACAACCACAGAGACCCUAGCACAGCAAUUCCCCAACACAGUCCUAAAGCCAGGCUCACCACGCUACGAGGAAGAAAACAGCAAAUUCUGGAACAGAGAUAAUGCAGAUAUCCGACCAUCGGCCAUCGUCACGCCCUCCAGCGUGCAGGAAACUGCUUCAAUCGUCAAAAUUUUGAGUGACACAGAAACCGACUUCGCCAUCCGCAGCGGCGGCUACAUGCCCGUCCCCGGCCACAAUACCUCCUCUUCUAUUUUGAUCAGCACUACGUGCCUCAACUCCAUAGAGCUUGUCCAAGGCAACCUCGUCAAAUUUGGCGCAGGUAAUCAAUGGGGCUCUGUGUACGACUUCCUCGAGCCCCGCGGCCUCGUCGUGCCCGGCGGACGGUCGCGGCCGGUCGGCGUUGGCGGAUUCCUUCUCCACGGCGGAGUAAGUCACUUCUACGCUGAGGUGGGCUGGGCCUGCGAAGCUGUUGUGGAAUUCGAGGUUGCGCUUGCAACGGGGGAGGUUGUGGUAGCGAAUGAGAAGGAGAACAAAGAGUUGUACUGGGCAUUGAAAGGAGGGGGCAAGAACUUUGGGAUUGUUACGGCCUUUACAAUGAAGACGCGGGAAUUACCAAAGAUGUGGGGUGGUGUGAGGGUUGCGGUUGGCACGCAUGAGACUGCGGGUAAGGUGUUCGAGGCGAUGCAUGAUGGAAUACAGGGCGUUGUCGAUGAGAAGGCACACGUGGAGGUUAUUUCUUUCUUCGUUCCGCAGAUGUGCCAGAGUGGAGAUCCGAUGUUUGCGCUGUGUCUGGCGUAUGCGGGGGAGGUGGAGAGACCACAGGCGUUGAAGGGGUUUCUGGAGGUUGAGGCUGUGCAUGACGGAACGAGGACAGCAACGCAGAGGGAGUUGGCGGAUGAUGACAAGCAGAAUAUUGGGUACGAUAAAAGGUGGGUAUCAGUCCUGGAAGGAAUGAGGAGUCAUAUGCUGACACACAAGAUCAGGGGACUAUUCCGCGCUUUCAGCUACCACGGUGGUCCACAACUAACGCUGGACAUCUACUCCGAGUACUACACGUUGGCAAAGCAAUCUGGUAUGUUCGAAGAGGAUCCCGGCGCCAUGGCAGCCCUGUUAUGGCUCCCUGCAGGCCCAAAGCUCUCCUCCGGCACCAGCGUGAUCUCUCUUGGUGAGGAAGCCGAGCCCUACUUGUCGUGUAAUAUCUGCUUCCGCUGGGAGAGGCCUGAGGCCUCGAAGAAGAUGCACGCCAUCGCAGACGCUAUUGCAGAGAAGCUCAAGAAGAAGGUCCAGGAUGCUGGCGCAUUCAUCCCGUUUACGUAUGCGAAUAUUGCGGGAGUUGAGGACACUACGUUUCAAGGGCUUCCGAAUAAGACGAAAAAGAGGUUGAGGGAGGUGGCAGCACGAUAUGAUCCACAGGGUGUGUUUCAGAAACAGGUUCCCGGAUUCAAUUUAGUGUAG